GUCGUGCUUCGGUCCGAGGGUGUCGUGCUUCGUGUGCCGAGUCGGAUGGAGGAGUCGGACGCUCCGCGUCACGUGUCGACCCGGACGGUCGUCGUGGUCGUCUACCUGUCGCUCUUCCUCGAUAACAUGCUCCUCACCGUCGUCGCCCCGAUCGUGCCGGAUUACCUUCGGACGCUGGAGACGCGGAACUGGACGGACGAGGCGACCUUCCGACUUCUCAACCGGACGCACCGUCGCCUGGAAGAGCGGAUCAGAGAGAGGGUCCCAUCUCGUUUCCGCGGCUACCGGCUUUUCCUCGUCCGCCUAGGGAUUUCGGGACGCCGGCACGCCCCCGGGUCGGAUGACCCGGACGGACCGGACGGACCGGACGGACUGUGGAUCGGGAUCCUGGAGUACAUCACGGAGUCCUACGGGCGCAGCGCGGAGGAGUACGCUCGGGUCGGGACGCUCUUCUCGUCCAAGGCUUUCGUGCAGCUUCUCUUCAAUCCGCUCGUCGGGUGGUGGGCGGGGAGGAGGGGGUACUCGCUCCCGCUCACUGUCGUGUACAUAUUCGGAAGGAGCUACGCGGUCCUGUUCGUCGCCAGGAGCGUCCAAGGAGUCGCUUCCGCCUGCAUCAGCGUCUCAGGUCCGACCGUCGAUGCGACGACCCUCGCGAGGGUGCGACGAUCCUUCGGGGAUGCGACGAGCCUUUGCCGUUGUCGUGCAGGGAUGGGGCUGAUAGCGGAUCGGUUCGGGGGAGAGGAGGAGACGCGGAGCAGGGUGAUGGGGUUCGUGAUGGGAGGGAUCGCCCUGGGGGUCCUCGUCGGGUAUCCGCUGGGGGGGAUCCUCUACGUCUUCGUGGGGAUGGCGGCGCCCUUCGUCCUCGUUGCUCUGCUCGUGCUGCUCGAUGGAGGUGAGGGGAGGGAGGGAGGGAGGGAGGAGGGGAGGAGGAAAGGAGGAGGGCUCACGGGCGUUCUUUCUGUGCGCAGUUCUGCAGGUGGCGUGGCUUCAUCCGUCGGCGAGGCCAGAGGUGAGGAGGGGGUGGGGAGGAGGGGGCAGGUGGGGACGGGGCUGCACGUGCUGCUGAAGGACUCGUGCAUCUUGAUGGCGGCGGGGUCCAUCUGCUGCUCGACGUGUGCCAUGGCCGUGCUGGAACCGCUGCUGCCGCUCUGGCUGGAGGACACCAUUCGUCCAGAGGUUCCGCACUCGUUUGAUCGUCGUUAG